UCGUGUCAACGUAUUGAAGGCGCGUAAACCUUUAAGACGCAGAGAUUUUGCGUCAUCAACGGAAGCAGUAGCGGGAAUUCGACAGUUGGUUGAAACGACCAUUCCUAAAAGUGGUUCUUGUUCGCCUUAACGGUUAAUGUGACGCCGAGCUGCCAUGACGGAAAGAAAACGGCUGUCUAACUCACAAAUCUCCUCACAAAGUAAACGGCCGUCCAGCAGCUUUGUGGCGCAGGAGGAGGAUGAAGACGCAAUGCUCACUCAGCCAAGCACAUCACAGGUCCAGAAAGGGCUGGAGAAACUCUCACCUGCACAGGUUGAUCAAAAGACUGCUGAAGUGGUGCAGUACAUCCUGGUGAAGGACCAGAAGAAGGUUCCCAUUCGCAGAGCAGACCUGGUUAAAAACAUCGUGAAGGAUUACAGAACCGUCUACCCCGAGAUCAUAAAGAGGGCGUCACGGAUAUUUGAGCAGGUGUUCGGCUUAAAACUGGUGGAAAUCGACCCUAAAAAUCACUUGUAUAUUCUGGUCAAUAAUCUGGAUACACCCCCGUCCAACCCGUCACCGGUUGAGCACCCAAGCAACCCUAAAACGGGUCUGCUGUUCGUGAUCCUGGGUGUUAUCUUUAUGAAAGGAGGCGUCGUCAGAGAUAAGCUUGUUUGGAAUAUUCUGAAGAAACUGCGUGUUGAUUCUGGGCUGAAACACGAUGAGUUUGGUGACGUGAGGAAGUUGGUCACAGAUGAAUUUGUGCGUCAGAGGUACCUGGAGUACAACCGGGUCGCCCACACAGAACCGGUUGAGUAUGAAUUUCGCUGGGGGCAACGUGCCGACAUGGAGGUGUCCAAAGCUAAAAUCCUGGAGUUCAUGGCUGAGCUUCACGACCAGGAUCCUCGCAGCUGGACUCAGCAGUACAAAGAAGCUAACCCCACCCACACCUCCAGCCAGGCCAGCAGCAGCCACAGAUGAACAUCUUCACCUUUUUCAGGGUUCUCCUGAUUUAUUUAUUUUUUUCUUUUUAUAAGGAGAAAUGUUAACAUUACAGGUUCAUUUUGCUCUCCAACGAGACAGAAAUGCACCUUAAACCAGUCAAUGCGUUGCUUUUAAAAGUGCCUUCAGAGUCUUUUUUUAUGUUCUGGUUUCUGUUGAAGCCAGAGAUGAUCUCAACAUUUUAAACAAGCUGUUUUGUCCGAGACGGUUGGCAAAUGAGGUCGAACAUUAAUUCACGUGAUUUUAUAAGUUUGCAUUUCUUUGUUUGAAAUAAACAUAUCUGGACUGUUAAAAAAAA